GGCACAAAUUAUUUACUUUGGUCUCGUACUUUUACAUUAGCCAUUGAAGCUAAAGGGAUGUCUGAGUUCAUUGAAGGCCCUGUUACUGAGCCUACUACUGAUGUUGAACUCAAGACGUUUAAGUCUCGUCGAUCUUUAGCCAUGACUUGGUUGUUUAAUUCUAUGAAUGCUGAUAUUCGUAGUCCUUUCUUGCUUCUUAACACUCCAUAUCAGAUUUGGACUAUUGCCACACAGACUUAUUCUCAGCAGGGCAAUGAUGCUCAGUGUUUUGAGUUGCGAAAGCGACUUCGUACUAUGGAUCAACACAAUCGAUCUGUUGCUGUUUACUUUGCUGAUCUUAGUGGGGCUUGGCAAGAAUUUGAUUAUUAUCAGGGGUUUCAAGCAGUCUGUUCCGUUGAUGCUGGUGCUUGGUUAAAAAGAAUAGAGAAAGAGCGUGUGUAUGACUUUCUUGCUGGUCUUGAUGUGGAGUAUGAUCCAAUUAGAGUGCAGGUGUUGGGUCGUGUUCCGUUUCCAUCUUUGGGCGAGGCCUAUGCCGUUGUUCAACAGGAGGAGAGCAGAAGGGGUGCUAUGUUACAAGCUCCUACUUCUGAUCGUUCUGCAUUGGUUGCUAUUCCGCAGGGACAGUUUGGGUCUGGCAGUGGAAAGUCUCAGUCUGGUACUACUAGUGGGAUCAUAGACCGUAUGUCACUCCAGUGUGAUUAUUGCCACAACACUGGACAUACCAAGGAUUUCUGUUGGAAGUUACAUGGUCGUCCUUCUCGUGGGCGAGGCAGUGGACGUGGAGGUCGAGGUCGUGGUCCCGGGCGUUCUCAGGCUCAGGCACAUGUUUCAGAGUUUGCUACCUUGUCUGAUUCUGGGUUCAGUACAGGAGUUCUGUCACCUUCUGAUUCUGUUGGCGGUUUCUCUCAGAGGGAGAUGCAAGCUCUCAGGCGUCUUAUGGCUCAGGCUGAUUCUUCCUCUACUAUAGCUCCUACUUCCACAGCAGCUCCUACUGCAUCCUAUUUUGCUCAUUCAGGUAUUCCAGCUAGUGCAUUUACUGCCUCCUCUGGUAUUCCUUGGAUUAUCGAUUCUGGUGCUUCAGAUCAUAUGACAGGAACUGGAAACGGGGAAGGUGAUUGGCAGUGGUAAAGCACAUGGUGGUAUCUAUUAUCUGGAGCAUGCACCUCAUCCAUCUCAGCCAUCUUUAUCAUGUGGACAAGCUCUACGGGCAGAUAUGAGUUCCACUCUUUCUUUGUUACAUCGGUGGCACCGUAGAUUGGGUCAUCCCUCUUUUGGGAUAUUAGAGAAACUUUUUCCUACUUUAGUUAAACAUUGUCCUAGGGAUCAGUUUUUUUGUGAAGCUUGUGAGUUUGGAAAACAUAAACGCUCUUUUUAUGCACCUAUUAAUAAACGAAGUGAUUCUCCAUUUAUGGUUAUCCAUUCUGAUGUUUGGGG